GUCAAAAAGCUUAGAUUUGUUUUUAGCCAUAGUUCGCAUUGCGUUUGAAUGAAUUAUUGUCAACUCAAAAAUAACUUCGUCGCUCGAAAGAAUUACAUGUUCAUUGUUUUUCGAAACGAGUAUUAUUUAGGACGUUUCAUUUUCACUUUUAGUUCCACAAGGUCAAUUUCAAUCGGGAUAAAGCGGGGAAAAUAUCUUGAAAGUUUUGAAACCUUGCGUCUGACUUCAACGGGAACUUUCAGCCGAAGUGAAAUUGCAUUCGUCGUGUGAUGGAUGCACAGCCGUGCAGUGCCUAAGGAUUGUUACCAUGCUAGCUCCUUUCAGGAAAUAGGACUUCACCUCGAUCAAGCGAAGGAUCGAGCAUAGCUGAGGUGGCCGCUGCCGCUGACCUCUGCCUCAAAUGCGAUGUAUUUCUCUUCAAUGAAGUCCUAGGAGACAGUGGCCUGUAGUUUUGCUUGUGCUCUACUGUACGUUGCCGAUGGCUGCAUCGCGACCUAACAAAGACGAUGGAGAGUGGAUUAUUUACAAAGGCGACAUGCCAAUCGAUGAUUUUCUGAAGAGAAACCGACCAACACAGAUCGAGUGUUCCCAGUAUUCGUGGAUCAGUGUUUGGCGCCAUUCUGAUUUCUCAAAGAUGAAAUCUCCCGAUAAGGCUUCUUUGCUUAAAGAAUGGGAAUGUAACAUGGAAAACUUUGGCAAGAUUACCUCAGAUUAUAUUCUACAGUUGGCCGAGGAAUACGAUUACAAAACAGGAAAAUGGCUGAUCUACUCAAAGUGGCCAGCGAUUGAUAACGUAUGGAAGCGCGUCGCAAAAGCAGUCGUCGCUGGUAAGCUUGGUUAUUCCGCAAAGGUCAGCACACAUGACCCUGAGGAAAACGCACAUGUGAUCUGCGUGUACACUGAGGAUUUUACCAAUGAGGAACACGUGAGAAAAGUCGAGGAAAACCUCCGAAAAGAAGGGAUCACUGCACGAAUGACCUACAAGCCAGAUAUCUACACAACGUUGGGAAUCUAUCGCAAAAAUCCUUGGGGGCUGAGGCCUACAGUGUACAGCAGCCAUCGUUAGUUGAUAAUGAAGAAUGUCUACAGUCAUACAAACUUUAAAGGAGACCUUACUGCCUUUGAACUGACGAAGAUAUCUUUUCUUGUGGAGAUUCCUUAGAACAAAAGGGAAACAAGAACCAAAAUGAAUUAAAACUAGAGACAAGUAGAAGCAAUUUCCUGAUAGGCGCCAUUUUGGAUCGUAUGACAUCGUACAGGUACCACUAUAUAUAUUCACCAAACAAAAGCUCUUUCGUCUAGAAAUCAACUACAAAGCGUCACCUGAUCCAAUAUGGCGGCGCGCACAAAAUUCCAGUUUCAAAAUAGCCAAUAUAUGUUUCGAUUUUUUCCCUCAUUAAAUACACCAUUCCACUUUAAAGCAACAAAUUUUAACGUAAGUAAAUAAUUUUUCGUACUUUGCAAAAAUCAGGGGCUCCUGAGACAGUUUGUUACAGCGGUGAAGUUGUUCCUCAUAAAAAAAAUGUGUGCUGGUUUGGUUCGAAAUGAAGAAACAAAUUCUUUCAGCCAUGCUCAUUGAGCCUUUCGUUUCUCGUCACCACCAUUUCUUGAUAGCCUAUCCCAGACUUUCAGUCCGAGGUGACGAGUGGUUUUCGAGGCAUCGGCCCUCUAUUAUUUUUUUUUUUACCAGUCACACCCCUGAAGUUGAGGCUUUAAAAGUUAAAAACAAAUAAAGUGGCAAUGGAAAAAAGGUU